AUGCGGUUCCGCACGGAGCUAAAGAACAUUCGCACGUUUGCAAAACUCACCGCGGCGCUCUCCUCUCUGGAAAAGAUCGCGUGGGUGCGCCUUAGCGAUGACACGGCGCGCUUUACCGUCAUCCCCGACAUGGGAUCCCAGGUCUGGGCCUCCCUCGCCAUGGACUUCAUCUUCGAAGGCUACCACAUCCAGUCCGCCGAGGCCGGCAACACCAUAAACCUCGAGCUGCCCCUGCAGCCGCUGCAGCGCGCCCUCAAGUCCGCCCUCAACAGCAUCUCCGCCACCCUGCGCCUCACCAAGAAGGACGGCCUGCCCAUCCUCUCCAUGACCAUCACCACCACCACCUCCAACGCCGCCGCGCCCGGGGCCAAGUCCUCCGUCGCUGCUGCCGCCGCAGCAGCGGCUGCUGCUGCCUCUGCGGGCGACGACCCGUUUGGCGAUGACGACGACGGCAUCUUCCAGCAGGAGCACCUCGAGACGUCGCUCAGGCGCGAGCACGAAAAGAUCAUCACGCAGGACAUUCCCGUGCGCGUCCUCCACCCCGAGACGGUGGAGAUGAUCAUGCAGCCCAAGGUCAGGGAGCCCGACGUGCACAUCCAGCUGCCGCCGCUGCUGCAGCUCAAGGCCAUCUCCGACCGCUUCACCAAGCUGGCCCUCGCCUCGGGCAGCACCCAAAAGUCGCCCAAGCUCGAGCUGAGCGCCAACAUGCACGGCGGCCUGCGCCUGCGCAUCGCCACCGACACCACCGACAUCUGCAGCGUCUGGUCCGACCUCGAGAACCCGGAGCUCGAUCCCGCGCAGCUCGAGGGCCCCGUCGAGGAGCAUCCCAGCACAAAGUUCCGCGAGGAUGGGCCCGACCGCUGGGCCACGGUGCGCGUCGACGGCAAGGAUUGGAGUAGGGUCCUCAGCGUGGGCAGGCUGGAGGGAAGGGUCAUUGCGUGCUUCGCCGAUGACCAUGCCUUGAUAUUAUACGUUUAUGUCCCCCAUUACGACGACGCCUCGGCCGAGGAUUCUGUCGUCACGUACUAUGUCCAAUCGUAUAGUGCAUGA